UAAAGGAAUAUCGCACACGUCUUUUUGUCAUAAAAAAUUUCAUUCGAUCACGCGUACUAUACUGUUCUCUGAUCAUCAAAUUUACUCCUAAUAGGGAAAAAAAUUAAGCUUUUCUUUCUCCGAUCCUUGAAUUUUCUCUCAGAUUUCAGGUUUUUAGUCAUAGAAAGGGGAAUAUAAUAGAGAAACUGGAAUGGGUCAAGCUUUUCGCAGGCUCUUUGACACUUUCUUCGGCAAUUCUGAGAUGCGGGUUGUGAUGCUUGGGCUGGAUGCUGCUGGAAAAACAACUAUACUUUAUAAGCUUCACAUUGGAGAGGUUUUAUCUACAGUUCCUACCAUCGGUUUCAAUGUGGAGAAGGUUCAGUAUAAAAAUGUGAUUUUCACAGUAUGGGAUGUGGGAGGACAAGAAAAAUUAAGGCCCUUAUGGAGGCAUUACUUUAAUAAUACUGAUGGGCUGAUCUAUGUUGUGGAUUCUUUGGAUCGCGAGAGAAUUGGAAAGGCGAAGGCAGAGUUUCAGGCAAUCAUCAAAGAUCCUUUCAUGCUCAAUGCUGUUAUAUUGGUGUUUGCAAACAAGCAAGACAUGAAAGGAGCAAUGACCCCAAUGGAAGUUUGUGAAGGCCUGGGUCUCUACGAUCUUAAAAACAGAAAAUGGCACAUACAAGGGGCUUGUGCUCUCAAAGGAGAUGGCUUAUACGAGGGCUUGGACUGGUUAUCAAGCACUUUGAAAGAGCACAAGGCUGCUGGAUUUUCUUCAGUGGGCACUUCAGCAUUCUAACGGGGUUUCACUCACCAAACUCUCAAGAAAUCAGCAGGCACGUAGUUUCAUUGAUUUGUGACUGAUAAAAGAACCAAGGUGUUUGUAAAUUAAAAAGCCCUCAACUCUGAAUGAUAUUUCCCCUCUAUGGGUUGUGAUUCUGAAGCUUAUGAAUUAUAUUUGUACUCACUAAAAUUCUUGAUUGGCACUUUGAUAACUUGGUUGAAUCAUGAACAAUAGCCCGACUGCGGUGAUAUUUUUACACUUGGGGGAUUCAUGUUUAGAAAUCCCCACUGCUACUUUGAAAAUAGAAAGUGCUUGAGUUAUAUCA